CCAGUCUGGAAGUCUUGAGAGGAAUGGAGACAGGGUGGGGUCUCUGGUGGGUUCACUGGUGACGUCCAGUGUCAUCAGGGUGGCCUUGUGUCUUUGGUUCUGUGAAACCAGGUCCAAUUUACGUAUAAAUGGGUUGAGGAGUGUCACAAGGAUCCCUGGUGCUCCUAAGCCACGGUCAGAGAGAGAAGCAAGGAGGGAGCAUGCAGCGACUUGGGAAAACCUCUGGGAUGGAAGAUCCAGGCCCUGCUUGGACCUUGAGGCCAAGCUUUUAGUUUCUGGGAGAGUGGGAUGUGCGUGGGCCAGUUCUGUGGGUCGCAGUGUAGAAAAGCCGCUUUCCAGUCACUCUGCCUGAGCAUCUCCUACAGGAGCUAAUUCGGGCGUGGGUCUGGACUUUUUGGAAAUAUCGGGGGUGGAUGGCAUCUGGGCUGUCCCUGGUGCCUCCUGGGAAGAGGUGAGCGGGGGGAAGGUUGGACUCGAUGACCUUAGCGGUCUUUUCCCACCUUCUCCGUGAUUCUGUGAGGUGACUGUGCCCGUUUCAUAGCGAUUUACAGAUCAAACCCAAGCGACAGACACCGAGAGCCGCUCCGGCCAAAGCCGAGCUGCCCGCGGUGUCGCACUGACCCCAACCCGUCCCGUGCCGCUGCUGUGUGUCCCCGAAGGGGGCUGUCUCGGUGAGGAACACCGGCCCGAGGGGCGGGAGGGCCACCCCGGGGGGCGCAGGGAGGGCCGCGGAGCCCGGACCAGACGGAAACAUUUGAACAGCGGCUGAGCAUCCCGCGGCGGGGCUGGGCGGCAGCGGCGCCUGGGGAGCGCUGCGGGGCUCUGCGGGGCCGCUAAUGGGCCGAGUCCAUUUCAGCGGGAUGACGCCACUUGGGUAAAGCGUUAAGAGCUCCGGGAAGGCAGCGCAGAGCGAGGGGGAGCGCGAUGCUCCCGGGUAGCGCCAGGUCCCUCCCUCCUCCCAACAUCCCUCCUCCUCCUCCCUCCUCCCAGCCUCCCGUUCCCACCGAGCGCGGGGCUCCCCCCGCCGCUCCCGCUGCCCGCGGCGCGGGGCUCGGCUGCGGGGCCGGGGCUGCCCCGCUGCCCGCCCCGGGGCUGCCCCCGCCGCGCUCGGGCUCCGCGGGCGGAUGGACCGGCGGCGGCGGCUGCGGGGAUUUUUAGAUGUGCCCUGAUGCCGCAGGGUCUCCCGGCUCCUGGAAAUGCAGCUCUCUUCCAGCGUGGCUGAACUCAGCUGUGACGAGACCAUGGACCCACCCGCYGAGGACUUACAGCAGGUGCUGUCCAUCGACCAAAUCCGCUCCAUCCGCGCCAGCAACAACUACGUGGAGAGGCCGGCAGCGUGCUGCCAGCAAGCCCGCUCCAACCCCUCGCUGUCCCAGCCCCCGCACAAGCAGGAGUGGUCCCAGGACCGCCUGGCGUCUUCCACCUUCCAGGACUUGCACCGCAGCCACAGCCAGCAGCAUCAGAUGCCGCCUCUGCAGCCRCACCUGAGCCACUCGAGCACGGCCAGCUCGGUGUCGCAGAGCACCACGGCCUCGGACCAGCGCCUGCUGAGCAGCCUGACGCCGUCGCACUCCGGGCACUCACUGAUCCGGACGCAGCCCYGCGGCGGUGAGCUGAAGGCGGAGGAGUCGCCGCUCAAGGGGAGCUCGGAGAAGCCGGCGGCGCACGGGCACCUGCUGCUGUGCGAGGUGUGCGGGCGCUGCAAGUGUGCRCGGUGCACGGCUGCCCGCAGCCUGCCCUCCUGCUGGCUCUGCAACCAGCGCUGCCUCUGCUCCGCCGAGAGCCUCCUUGACUACGGGACCUGCCUGUGCUGCGUCAAGGGGCUCUUCUACCACUGCUCCACGGACGACGAGGACACCUGCGCCGACGACCCCUGCUCCUGCGGGCCAGGCUCCUGCUGCGCCCGCUGGGCUGCCAUGAGCGUCCUGUCCCUCCUCAUGCCCUGCCUCUGCUGCUACUUUCCCACCCUCGGGUGCCUCAAACUUUGCCAGCGGGGUUAUGAUGGCCUGAAACGCCCCGGCUGCCGCUGCCAGAGCCACACCAAYACGGUCUGCAGAAAGAUCUCCUCCUCCAGCGGCACGCCCUUCCCCAAAACGCUGGACAAGCCGGUAUGAGCCUCCCGAGAAGGAGAAGCGGGCUUUGCUCCUCUUCCUUCCUCUCCUCCUCCUUUUCUCUUCCCUUCUCUUCUCCAUCCCCCUUGUCUCUUGGCUCCCUCCGCUCUGCAGCGUUCUCCCUUACCCACCAUCACCCUCCGGGAUUGAGACGGGUGACCCGGGGGUUCCCCCGGGGCUGGGCAGCUGGGGCAGYCGGCCUCAAGGUGGGGGGUCACAGUGGUUUUGCACAUGUGGGAGAGAGGCAGGAGAGGCAGAGUGAGCUGAGGGUACUCUCCCAGGCUGUGUCCCCCAGGGAAAGGUGACCCGCAGGAUCCUUGGGACUCUGCCCCCUGGGCUGGGUGACCCGAGGCUCCCAGGGCUAUGCUCCCAGCAGGUUUAGGAGCUGCCCCAUAGUGUGGUCCUUAUCCGUGGGGGGMGGAGACAGGUCAGUGCAUCCCUGUGCAAGAGCCCCUCGGGAGUAAGACCUCCGCCUCUCACUCUUCUUCUCCAGCACUUUCCGUGGGUGGCCUUUGGCCUUUCAGGUGGCCAUAGGUCCCUUUCCCCAAGGGGCUGGGGUGCCGAGUGGUGUCACCAGUGGCAGUGGCUUCCCUCCAGGCUUGGAAGCCGCUGGGAGAAGUGAGCGAGCUCCAAGAUGAGGUGGCACCGUGUUUUUCUGUCUCAAAGAGGAAGAGAAGGUGUGGGAAGCUUUAGAAACCUUCUGGCAGGGGAAGGAUCUAUCAGAGGCAGCCCAGCCCACUUGCUCCUGCCCGACUGCAGCAAGGGAAAGGUCCUCUCUGGGAUUUGGCUGAGAAAAAGGAGCUGCUUGGAAAUUGCCAUUCAUUUCUCCAGGCCUUGGAGGGCUGCCUGAGGUGGGAGCUGCCGCCUGGCUCCAUCCCACCGCCCAGCAGAUGCCACAGGCGCUCCGUGCUCACACCCCGAUCUGGUACCUUCCACCAGCACUGAAUUCACUUUUAAAAAAUACAGCAAAGCCAACUGUGAGCAGCCACCACUCCAGGGACUUCCCUCCAGGGGCUUCUGUCACCCUGSAUUGGGCUGGAGGACACGGAGAGCAUGAGGGGCUGUCGAAAUUGGGGACCCCGACCUUCCCUCCCUGCGAAGUUUCCUUUGAGCCCUCACCUCACUGAGGGGGUUCUGCCACCCAUGGACAACCGGGAAUGGGGCUGGAGCAAGCCCUGGGGUUGGGCCAUCUGCACAGUAGACGGACACUGGAAUCCCGGUCAGGGCUCUGCGCUGCCUUGCUGGGAUCAUAAUGAGCCCAACUGGCUGCUGUGGCUGGGGGUCUCCUGGUGGUCCUGAACUUGGCCCCAUCUCCGUGUGGUGCCAGCUCCUGGCUGUGACCCCGCUGGUGUCGUUUGGAGCAGUUUGGAGCCAGGAUGGUGUCCUGGAGCUCGGCUCUGCCUGUUUGUUCCCCCUCCCAGGUGCGAGAGCACAGAGAGAAGGGGAUGSUUCCCCUGGAGAAAUAUAUGCAACACAUCCCUUGGCUUCUCCCAGACCCAGCUCCUGGGGCUCAUCUGUUGCCUCUUCCCAGCCACCUCUUUCCAUAGAGUUCUGUGGAUCUAUUUUUGUAUAUAUAAAUAUAACGUUAGGAUGGGUAGGUCUGUUCCUAGUAAUAUUCAUGAUACUGCUGUGAACGSUGCCAGGUACAAGGUUGGGCUUCCUGGUGCACUUGCACAUGCUGGAAAAGAUGAUUUCCCGGUCAGUUCAUUGCUAGUCCCAGCCCCUUGGUUCCUAGACCAUCGGGAGAGGGGGAAAGGGAGGUGUACGGAUUGUCUGGGGRCGACUGCUCUGCGUGGAGGGUGGGAUUCAGUGCUGGCUGUGAGGUGAGGCAGAGGUGCAAUUCACUGUGGGAUUCCUCUUUCCAUCCAUUUGCUUUCUAAAAACCGUGGUGGAUCCAAGCUCCCUGUGCUGCGGGGAGAAGCGGUUCCAGGGAGUGAUUCAUCCUGCUUGGAAGCAUUAUUCAUGAAAUCCUGUGCUGGCAAUGCCUGGCUCCCUUGAUUCAAAUGGCACCCAAACAUUGAACUCGAGGUUCCCCGGGGAAGGGGGUAUGAAUCCCACCCCUGGUGGGAAGUUUGUGGUGGAGGAUGUUAUGGAUGUGAGUGAAAUCCUCUCCCUGAUUUUUCUCAGAGCCUGUGGAAGGAUCUGUGGGUAUCUCAGGAUGGUGCUCCGGGAUGCAAAGGGAUCUCCUGGCAUUAGGAAGGGACAGAGCCCGUUGGCACAUUGUGUAUCUCUGAGGCCAGCCUGGGCUCUGGAAUCAUUUGGAUUUUGAGGCCGUGACCUUGUCGGAGGGUGCCCUGUGGGUGUGUGAAUCCCUCUGAGACCAGGCCACACCCCCACAGCAGCAAACAUAAAAUACAUUGCAAAUCCAUUUAUCCAUAUGUCAAUAACUGCUUGGCUUCCUUCUUCCAGGCCAUGUUGUGGGGAGACACUUCCACCAGGAGUCUCCUUCCUUUGGAAGGCUCAGUUCACUCUUCUAUUGGUGCUGAUUAAACUCCUUCUUCAUAAAAACCAGAAAGCAUUUUUAGGGAGAAAAGGUCCCUUUUUCCCUGCUGGUUGGAGGAACCGUCUCCCUUGAAUGAGAAUGUGAAACAGUUCAUUGAAACUUUUUAAAGAAAACUAAUGAACAGAAUUUUCCAACUUGCUCUACUUUGAUUUUUUUUUCUCCUCCUUUUUAAACGGAUCCCACUUGUAAAUUUAGUUACCACCUCUGUAUCUUUGCAAUUCAUUGCUUCCUCUCCUGAUGGUGGAAUGACUCAACAUGUGAAGCUUCAUCAUUUUCACGGCCUCCCGAGUCAUGCGAGCGCGGGGUGACCUCCCCCAGGUGCUGGAGCUGGGGGAUGAGGAGAAGGCUGCCCAUGGCUCAGCUCCCCCGAGCCAGCCCGGCUUGGCAUGGCCACUGCAGCACAGCUCCCUUCAGGAACUGGGGUGAGGCCAGGACUGCCAGGAGCCUUCCACCUAAUGGGCUUUAUCUGGGUCAGUGCAGGAGCUCCCCUCCUACCAGGGAAUGGUGCCACAGCCUGGUGAAGGCUGAGGAGCACAGCCAGGGCUCCAGAAUGUCUCCUCUCCACAGAACGACAAACCUGGGAGAUACAUUUGAUGAAAUGCUGGAUGUGUAGGAGGGGAGGGAUUUAAAAGCCAUGGAGAUGUGGCACUGAGGGCCACAGCUUAGUGCCGUCUUGGCAGUGCUCAGUUAAUGUUUGGACUCGGUGGUCUUAGAGGGCUUUUCCAACAGAAAUGAUUCCAUGAUUCCAGAAGGUAGGGAGGAAGAGAGCCCUGCUGGGCACUGAGGGCUGUAGGACCAGAACAGGGCAUUGUUUUCAUGGAGGGCAGACAGGAAGCCAUACCCAGAACCUGUGGGGGCUGGACCAUUUCCACCUGCUGGUCUCUGCCCUGRUGAGGGCAGGAGACUUUACCUGUAAUUCCUGCUUCCCGUUCCACCUGCGGGUGCUCAACAUUCCCCUUCCUCGCCCYCAGUAGUCAGGAGAGGCUGGGAAGCACCAAAGCACUCUAAGGAGAAGAAUCCAAAGCUUUGGUUCACUGAGCUCCUCUGUGGUGGGGAAGGCUGUGGGCAGCCUCAGAUUAUUUCCUAAGCUUUUGCUCACCCGCUCUGAGCAGACCCAUCCCGCUCCAUCCCCACCUCCAGCUGCCAGGCGCUUYGGUUUGCUGUGGAGAGGCCCCCGGUGCUGCUUGGGGUUGGGAGCCCCUUUCCUGCCCCACCCUCUGUGAGUCAGAUCCCAUCUGCUCGGGGUGUUUGUUUGCAGCUGCUUGUCCCGGCAGUUGGGCUUUCUCUCUGUCCUGACGUGUCUUUUUUGGUUUUCUUUUGGGAGCGUCACAUGCGGAUCCCUCUGCUCUCGCACAGGGAUGGAUCUGCCUUGUGAGGGAACGCUCCUGGAUUGUUGUCUUUUCUUUGCCAGGGAAUGUACAGGGCUGGGGGCAGAUUUAGGCAGGGAAAGAGAAUUCAAAGGUGCCAAAGGAGCAGGAGGCAGGACCUGCUGAGCAGGACCAGAGCUCUCUCUGCUCUGUUSUCCAUCCAGAGCCUCCUUUUCCCACCAGAAGUCCCAAGAUCCAUCCAUGCCAGAGUCCUUGAUGUUAUUUGCUUCCUCCAAGGCUUCCCUUGGUGCCAUUCUCUUCUUUCCCCAUUGGCAAAUCAGUCCCAGAACUGGUGGGGAGAGGUCAUGGAGGGGUCUGGAGGGUCCCUCCCACCCCACCCCACUGAUCCCUCCUGCUGGAAGGGCCAGAGAGGUCCUUGGGCUGCUGUCCACCCAUCACUGAGAAACACCAGUGCCUCAAGGAACAAGAGGGAGCUCUUUGUGAUUCUCAGAUUCCCAUAAAGUCCCACUGAUUUCACUCCUCCCCAUCCCAAGGGUGAGCCCGAAGGCUGGAGGGCAAAUGCCAUUGACCAAAAGAUGCCAAAGCCCGGAAUAAGAGAUUAGGAAUGGCUCUGAAGUUUGGUGGAGAGGGGUAAGCUGUGGUGAAGGGGAGCUGCACAGGGAAGGAGCGCUCACUGUGCCCCAAACUCGCCAUUCCCAGACCCCAYUGUCCCUCUGUUGCUGGGGUGUUUUGAGGCUGGAGAAGGCUGGGAGGUGUUCAGGAACUGAAGGUUUAAUGUUUGUGACAGGGAUGUGAUAAGGGCUGACCCCCACCCCAAAGCUCAUCCUUUAACGGGAUCUGGUCGGGAGGCUUGGCUCCUCCGAGGAGCCUGUGGGAUGCUGACUGGUCCAGGUGGGCCAAACCUGAGCUGGGAGCUCCUGGGGCUCUGUUUGCUUUGAGGGAUUCCUCUGUGAGCRCCAGGAUCUCUUGCAAACCCUCCCAGAGUCAGGCUGAAGCUGGGAGGUGGGAUCUGUUCUGUUUGGGGUGACAACUGCAGAAGUGUCCCCGAGGGCAGAAUCCCAGGAUUCAGUGGAGGGGCACUGCAGGCAGGGGGAGGUUGGGUGGGUGGGAAGAGCUCACACCCCUCUGGGGCAGCAGGAACGUGCAAGGRAGGCAGCGCUGGUCCCUCUCCUGCUGCACCCAAAGGGCUCUGGCAGGGGCAGGAKCAAUCCCACCUCGGGGAGCUGGGCCUGGCACAGGAGGCUCCACACCCUCUGCCCUUGCCCACUCCGUGCCUACCUUGCCCCCUUCCCCCAUUCCACGGGGAUGCUGUGCCGGCAGCGGCUCUGCAUCCUCCUCCUCCUGCCCAGGUCCUCAGCACAAAACUCUCCUUGGAAGAUCCACAGGAGAGCUCUGUCCCAGGACCCCAAGGCUCUCAUCCCGAGGUUCUGGGCACACAGCCCUUCUGUACAGUGUGUAAAGAUCCCUCCCCGCCUCUCCCCAUUCCAGUUCCUUUCUAUAAGGUAUAAUAUAUGUUUAUAACCUGAUGGCUGGUGUUUUUCUUUUUUUUUUUUUUUUUUU